AUGGUGGUGGUAGAGAUUGUCGACGUAGCGGUGGUUGGUGCAGGCGCCGCUGGCCUCACCGCAGCUCGCAGCCUGUCCGCUCACGGGCUCCGUGUCGUGGUGCUCGAGGCUGGGUCCAAGGUGGGUGGCCGAGUGCUGGCCGACAAAUCACUCGCACCGUGGCCCCUCGAGCUCGGGCCCGAAUUUCUCCACGGCGAGCAUCACAACGCGCUCCUGCGGCUGGUCGCCGACGGCAUCGAGGGCAAGCCAGAGGCGUCGCUGGUCGAGCUCGAGUGGCCGAACUACUACUUUUUCGGAAAGGAGGGCGUCCUGAUGCUAGCGGAGGAGGCGGACGAGCAGCCGGACGUCGCACUGAUGCACGAGAGCUUCGAGAAGCUCGGCGAGAUCUCGCCAGCCACUUUCUCGGCUCCGGAGGCGGAGGAGGAGCCGACGCUGCUGCAGUACUUUGCCAGCUGCGGCCUCUCCUCGCGCGUGCUCGACCUGGCCGAUGCCAUCUUUGCCAACGACUACGGCGCGGACAUGUCGGAUGUCGGGCUGCACGAGGUGAUGCACGAGCAGCGCCACUGGACGUACGGCGAGAAGUACCUGGACGCGAUGGAGUCGCUCGGUCGCGGCCUGGACGUGCGGACAGCGUGGCGCGUGCAGCGCAUCGACGCGUCUCCGACCGGCUGGGGCGCGGACGGCGCCGCCGUCGAGCUCAGCGCCGCCGACGGCCGAGUGGUGCGCGCGCGCGCCUGCGUCGUCACCGUGCCGCUGUCCGUACUGCAGCGGGGGGAGCCGGAGUUUCGGCCGCCGCUGCCGCCGCCGCAGGCAGGAGCGAUUCGCAAGCUCAAGAUGGGGUCCGCGCUCAAGGUGAUCGUGAGGCUGCGGCGCCGCUUCUGGCCGGCCGACUUUUACGACGCCGUCUGCUCCGACUCGUUCCUGCCGGAGGUGUGGCUCUCUCCCGCCGCCGAGCUGAUGCGGCCCGACGCGGCGCCGCCCUACACCAUCGUCGGCUUUGUGGCGGGCGCGCGGGCGGAGCGGGUGGGGAGGCUGCCGCACGCAGACAUCGCUCGCCGGAUGCUCGCCCAGCUCGACGGGAUGUUUGGCAGCAGCGACGACCCCCACCCCGCGAGCAGCAGCUGCGACGGCUUCCUCGUCAAGGACUGGGCCGCCCACCCCCACGUCCACGGCGCCUACUCGCACCCGACGCGCGGCGCGCAUGGCGCGCGGCCCGCGCUGGGGGAGGCGGCGCACGGCUGCGUCUUCCUCGCGGGCGAGGCGUGCCACGCCGGCGUCAACCCGUGCAUCCACGGCGCGAUGGAGACGGGAGAGCAGGCGGCGGCGCGGUGCUGGUCUUCCCUACAGCCGCAGUCGCGGAGCCGGCUGUGA